AUGUACAGGUUCCAGCUUUGGGUCACGCCAUCAAGGAUGGCCGAGGCGCGCCAGGCCAUCACAGAGGCGAUGACGGAGGGCGAUGUCCAGAUCAAGGGCAAGUACCCCAAGGUGACGGCAGAGAUGGACCCGAUCCGCAAGCAGCGCUACUCGGCCUUCGGCGCCUUGGCCGAUGUGUUGAAGGAGUUUGGUGCGAGCCGCGGAUGGACACUUGAAGAAGAUUGGGGUCGCAUGUUGGGCAUCAAGGUCAGCGUGCGUGAACGGGGGGGAGCACAAACAGGUCGCUGGCCCCGACGCGCACAACUUGCCCGCGUGGGCCGACGACGUGCUCACGGAGCUAGGUGUCACCAAGCAGGAGCUCGAGAUGGGGAUGCGAAAGUGACGGUGCCACAGGGAGACCUUAAUUCAGGAUUUUUCAAAAGUAAACGCCUUCGUUUUGAACUUGAGGAAGAAGAAUGCUAA